AUGGCAAAAGGACGGUGGUGGAACCGCGAGAUCCUCGAGCUCAUCAGUACAGAAUUCCGCGACCGCUCGCUCGAGUACUACCGCUUUGCCCUAGCAGCGGGGGUGACGACUAUCAACGGGCGACGGGCUAAGCCUGGGGAUAUCGUACGCAACGGCGACAGGAUACAGAAUGUGGUGCACAAACACGAGCCUCCUGUAACGGGAAGAGUGCAGGUUAUUAGUGGAGAGAAGGAGCGCGAGAGGGACUUGAUAGUCGUUAUGAAGCCUGGGAGUGUGCCUGUGCACGCCGCGGGAAGAUACUACAAGAACUCCCUGCUCGAGAUAAUCAAGUCCGAUUUCGGACUAGACAAAGUAUACACCGUAAACCGCUUGGACAGACUAACGAGCGGACUGAUGCUGAUCGCCACCACUCCCCAGCGUGCAUCAGAGCUAUGCAAACAAUUUGCAGAAAACAAAGUCCAGAAGUCCUACCUCGCCCGGGUAGCCGGCAAGUUCCCAGAUGGGGAAACGACCGUCUCCGAGCCCCUGCUAACUAUAGACCGGCAAAUGGGGCUCGUCGUCGUCCAUCCAUCUGGCAAGCCCUCCCUUACCCACUUCCGCCUCCUCUCCUACUCAGCGAGGACGAACACCUCUCUGCUGCUCUGUCAGCCGCGUACGGGCCGCACGCACCAGAUCCGGGUACACCUCCAGUGGCUAGGAUUCCCUAUUGCGAACGACCCGGUGUAUAGGGAUGAGAAUGUGUGGGGGAAGAAGGGGGGGAGGGGAGGGAUCGAUUUAAGCCCGGCGGCGAGGGCGCUGGGCUUGGAAAGGGGAGGAAAGGUGGAUGGGUUACAGCCGGAGGUAGGCGAAGGGGGAGUCGGACCCGGGAAGCCUGCAUCAGACAUCUAUGACCUCGAGCCAGCUAAUCCCACUAACGGCCUUCCUCUCGCCCCGUCACGCGAAGCCGUCAACGGCGUCCAAUCCCACUCCUCAAUCCCCGCCCCUGCCCUUCUUCCCCGCGAAACCGGCGCAGACAUCGGCCUCUCCUCCCCCGUCCCCCUCUCCCCGCAAGCGAUCCAGAUCAUCAAAUCCCUCCGUGACCAGAAGGACAAGUCCGAGGAUUGGGCGCGGUGGAGGGAUGUAGUUUUUCGAGCUAGGGACGCGGGGGGCUUCCUAACAGCCAAGGGGGCUAAGGCGGUUGGUCUAACGCAGAGGAAAGGGGAUGAGACUGCAGCAGUCGAAGACCAAGACGCCGAAGGAGAAGGAGCGGAAGAGGAGCCAUUCCACCCUAUGCUAGAUACGGCGACCAACACCCUCUUCUGCCCUAUCUGCUAUGCGCCGCUCCACCCCGACCCGAAUCCGGAGAAGAUGUAUAUCUUCUUGCAUGCUUGGAGGUAUGAGACUGAGGAAGGGUGCUGGGAGAGUGAGUGGCCGGAGUGGGCCAAGGAGGGGUGGGUGCCGGAGGGGAUGCAUGGGGAGGAUGGGGAGGCGCAGGCAGAGGUCGACGAGGCGAAGGGUGGGCAGGAAGAGCGCAGCCUAUAUCAGCUAGCAGACAGCUGUGCUGCUGCCCUCCAGUUAGGGGAUCUCAAGGAUAGUGGAUUAUUGUAA